AUGAUGAAAAAAAUAAUAAUGAUAACCAACUUAAUCAUAAUCAUAUUGGGGUUAAUACUAUUUAACUGUUCAUGGUGUGGUAGCAAAGAUAUUAUUUUAAAUAAAACUAAUAAUGAUGAUGAUAAUAAUAAUAAUAAUAAUGUAUUAUUUUCCUUAAAUUAUAAAAUACGAGAUAAAAUACAUAAAGGAAAAAUAAUACAUGCAGAUGGCAUAGAUUCAUAUGGAUACAAACAAAAAGGCGUUUCUACUGUUAUUCCUUUAAUACAUGAAAGUAAAAUAAAAGAUUUUUUUUCAAUAAAUGAUGAUGAACAAACAUGUAAUUAUCAUAUAUAUAAACAUGGUAUAUCAAAUAAUAAAUAUAAUAUAAAAUGUUAUCAAAAUAAUUUUUGUGGAUUAUUACCAAAUAAUAAAUAUAUUAAAGAAAUACAAAAUGAUUUAUUAUAUUGUACACAUUUUAAUAAUAAAGAAAUGAUCAUAUAUCAUAUAAGUGAACCCGAAUUAUUAAAACCAGAUGUUAUAUAUCAAGAAAUUAUAUUUUUAGAAAACCAAAAAAAAAUUCUAAUAAAUUGUAAUACAAUGUUUAUUGAUAUUGUUUCUAUAAAUAGCAUUCCUUUUACAUAUUGUCUAAAUGAUAAUUUAUUAUUAUAUGGUUUAAAAUUAUGUGCUAAUAAAACUUAUUGUUAUAUAAAUUUUUCAAAAUUUGAUGUAAAAUCAUGUCCUAUAUAUGAUUCAUAUAUAUUACAUAUAAAAUAUAGAUGUAAAGAAGAACCAAAUCGUGCUUUAAUUAAAAAUGAUUCAAUAAAUUCUAAAAUAAAAUAUUCUGAACGGAUAUGUAAGUAUGGUUAUAAUAUUAUACAAAACAGUUUAUUAAACAAGGAAUUAAUUUAUAUCCCUAAAAGUGAUAUUAAAAAUUAUAGAAAAUUUUUAUCAAAUAAAUGUGAAAAAAAUUAUUCAUGUGGAAAUAAAGUUUGUUCGGUAAAUCAAUAUUGUGAUGAAGUUACUGAAACAUGUAGAUGUAAAAAAUUGGGAAUUCCAAUUAAUGAACAAACUUGUGAACCUAUAGAUGUAUGUCAAUUAUUAAAUUGUCCAGAAGAUUCAAUUUGUGUACAAAAUAAAAUAACAAACAAAACAGAAUGUAAAUGUAAUGAUAAUAAAUAUUUUUAUCAAAAUAAAUGUUAUGAUUCUCAUGAAUUUGAAGAUUUUUUAAAAUUAAAUCAUAUAGAAUAUAGUCAAACAUAUAUAGAUAAAUUAUAUACAGGGUCAGCAUUAAAACCUGAACAUAUAUUUAUGGAAUGCCCAAAAGAUUUUGAAAUAAAAAUUAUUAAUGCAUAUGCUUCUUGUUAUAAUAUUCCAUUUUCUCUAAAUAAUAUUCAUAAAAAACGAAUUACAGCUAUUUUAAAAAAAGAAUGUAAUGGGAAAAAUAAAUGUGCAUAUGGUAAUAGUAUAUAUAAUGCAGAAAUUUUAUAUUACCCAAAUAUAUGUACAGGAGAAUUUAUAUAUUUUAAAUAUAAUUAUUUAUGUAAAGAAAAGGAAGAAGAUGAUGAAGAUGACGAAACAGAUGAGCAUCAUUCUGAAAAAACAAAACUUCGAUUAGAAAAUUUGUCUAAAAACCCAGUUUCAAAAAAUAUAAAUGAACAUACAAAAAUAAAAUCAAAUCAAAAUGUUACAUCUUAUAUAAAAAUAUUAAAUAAUACAGAAAAUAGUAAAAUAGAAUGUCUUGGAGGUAAAAUACAAAUUCGUAGUGCAAUAAUAAAAGGAGGACCAGGAUGUGAAGAUUUAAAUAUUACAACAUCGGUGCAAACAUAUUGUAACGACACUAGUAAUUGUGAUAUAGGAAGUAUGUAUAAAUUUGAUACAUAUUGUAUUAAUAAUCAAUAUCUUUAUGUAUCUUAUGAAUGUAAAAAUUUAUGUACAUAUUGUACUAGCGAUUCAUCUUGUUAUGGAAAUAAAUUUAAUCAUAGAUGUUUUUGUGAUUAUCCUUAUAUAUCAAAAAAUAAAGAUAAUAAUGUGGUUUGUGAAAUUCCUACAAGUUGUUCAUCAAUAAAAUGUAGACAAAAUGAAGAAUGUAAAAAUUCAAAUGGGUAUAUAUAUUGUGAUUGUAUUAAUGGAUAUAAUAUAAUAGAUGGGGUAUGUCAAAAAGAUAUUCCAUGUUUUGAUCAAUGCCCAACAAAUAAAAAAUGUGUUGUAGUAAAAGGAAAAAAUGUGUGCAAAUGUAUUAGUAGAUUAUUAGAUAAAAAAGGAAAACCUAUAUGUUAUGAUAAUGAAUCAGAUGACGAUUAUGAUGUUUUAUAUGCUUCUAAAAAUAAAUGUAAAAAAAAAGAAUAUAUUAAUAUGUGUAAUAAAAAUAAAGAAAAUUGUGUUUAUUAUAUAAAUACUGAUGAAGCUCGAUGUGAAUGUAAAGAUCAUUUUGUUAGAUCUCCCAAAACUAAUGAAUGUGAAGCUAUUGGAUAUUGUGAUAAUAUAGAAUGUAAAAAAAAUGAAGAAUGUAUAUAUUCAAAUGGUAAAGGAGAAUGUGUGUGCAAAGAUAAUUUUUAUAAAAAUGGAGAAGGAAAAUGUGUACAUAAUAAUUUAUGUACAGUUAAUAAUGGUAACUGCACUGAUCAGGCAAAUUGUAUAUACCAUGAAGAUAAACCACAUGAAUGUACAUGUAAAAAAGAGGGUUAUGUUUUCUUAAAUAAUAAAUGUGUUAUAAGAGAUAAAUGUAGUGAAAAAAGUUAUUGUUCAGAUAAUUCGAUUUGUAUAAAUGUAUUAAAUAAAGAACCUAUGUGUGUAUGCACAUUUAAUUAUAUUAAAAAAAAUGAUCUUUGUAUUUUAAAAAAUCCAUGCUUACUUAAUAAUGGGAAUUGCCCAAAAAAUUCGAUUUGCAAAUAUCAAAGUGAUAAAACAACAUGUACAUGUACAGAAAAUUAUACACAAAAAAAUAAUAUAUGUGAACCAUUAAUAGACCAAACAUAUCAAAAAUUUUUAAUAAAAUAUAAUGAAGAUACUUAUAUUUCACUUGGUGGAUGUGGUAUUAUUUAUUUUAUAUAUGAUGAUAAUCAAAUAUUAUGGAAAAUUAAUUCUACAGAAGAAUUUUAUAUUUUUGAUUAUACUUUCCCAAACAAUGAAAAUGUUAAUGUUUAUAUCAAAAAUAAAAAUACAAAAACUAUUAUUUAUUUGGAAAAAAUCCAGAAUGAAAAUACAAAAAUUUAUGAUGAUUUUGUAUUAGAUCACCUGCACUGUUCAUACACUAACAUGUUUUUUAUGCCUGGAAGGAAUAGAUUGCCAAAUAUGUCUUAUUACGAGUAA